AUGGAGCGCCAAAACGCCAACUACCUGCUUCAUGAGGGACUUGAUGAGGAUGAAGAAAAAUUGAAUGGUGUGAAGGCACCCGUGGUCUUGCUGGCUGGAGAGGGAAGAAAUGAGAAAGAGAGUGGACAGGGCCAGCCUGGGCAGGGAGCCGCAGCCGCAGAAGGGGAAGGAGCAGGAGAAUUAAGCGGAGAAGGUCCCUCUGCUGCUGGUGCUGAAGGCCUCGUGGAUGACAGGAGCCAGGAGGACCGUGGCUCAAAGGGCGGUGAACAGAAUGAGGGGCAACCUUGGGAGCCAUUUUGCGAGGUCAUGGGGGUUGCAGAAAAUGUGCAACCUGUGUCCGUGCUGGUGCGCCAGCGUUGCUUCCACUACAAGUUCACCCAGUGGCAGUUACAGGAGCUGGAGCGAUUUUUCCAGCAAAGUCACUACAUCAGUGCAGAAGUAAGAAAACAGCUGGCAAGAUGGAUAGGUGUGACUGAAGCAAGAGUUCAGAAUUGGUUUAAGGGGAGACGAGAACAAUACAGGAGAGAUCAGAAGCUGUAA